AUGGUCCAUAUUAAGUCUACGCCCAGGCAGACUGCUCCUCUGCCUUCGGUCCACACAGGACCUCUUUUUAAAGUUGCGCACCAGCGAAUCUCAAUAGAUGUUGAUUUAUCGAAGCAUUCUAUUGUAGGCUUUACAGAGAUAAUUAUAAUUCCAUUAGUGCAGCAACUAGAUUAUGUCCAAUUUGACUGUAAAAACAUGAAGAUUAAGGAUGUUAUUGUUGAGAAUAGGCGUAUUGAGCAUUAUGUUCAUAGUGACCCAUACAAACGGUAUUCCGAUAUGUAUUGUAACGUGACGCAGAAUGUUCUUCAAUCGCAUAAUGGCAUUGAGCAAUCGCACUUACUGCGGUCUAAGUUUGGCGAUUUUACAGAGUUUCCUGAUGAUAGUGCAAAUUCACAACUACUUAUUAAGAUUCCUCCUUCGAUUAAGAUCACACUGCAGGAUACUGCAUCCUUGGCGAACUACACCCCUAUAACCCCUUCCAUUCGGACGCCCGCACAGGAGUCGAUUUUCAGUCCCAUAACUAUUCGAAUUGAUUAUGAACUCGACCAUCCAAAUUCCGGUAUUCAUUUCGACACAUCGUCCAGUGAGCAGCAAUACUGGAACUGCUAUACUUGCAAUACAGAGUGGAACUCCUCUGUCUCACAUUGGCUACCCUGUGUAGAUAGCUUAGACGAAAAGUGUACUUACGAGUUGGAAAUAAGUGUCCCUAAGACUGUGCGUGAGAUAGGGACAAGCAAGGUCAUUGGUGCGCAGCUUACAAGGAAACGUAAGUUGCGCAGCCGCGAAUAUAAUGAAGACGAAGACGAAGACGAAGAACUAGAACAGGAUGAAGAAGAUAACGAAGAUUCUCCUCUGGACCGUGAUAUGGUUGUUGUGUGUUCAGAAUUUGCUACAACGAAGGAGUCAGCGCAUCCCACAGACAUGGCUAAAAAGGUGGUAACGUUUCAAAUUUUUAACCCAGUAGCAGCUCACCAUAUCGGCUGGGCCGUUGGUUCUUUCGAUGUUUGGAACUUACCGCCAUUGCAUACAUCGGAAGAACAGGAUGAUGAGCAGGAAGAUCAAGGCAUCUCUUUACCUGCCCGUGAUGAUGGGGACGUUGUUUCAAUCCAAAUCUAUACUCUACCUACUCCAGAUGUAAAUGAACGCAUUGUUUUAAACACCACAUUGGUUUGUCAGCAUAUUUUAGACUUUUACUCCAAAGAAUUUGGGUCUUAUCCAUUCUCUUCAUAUGCAGUGUUGUUCUUACCAACCGUUCCGGAUAAUACUAUGGACUUUGCAAGUUUGACAAUUUGUAAUACAAGACUGCUAUAUCCUCCAGAACUUAUAGAUCCUAUGUUUACAACGAUGAACCAACUCUGUUGGGCAUUAGCCACCCAAUGGUCAGGCGUUAAUAUUACUCCACUUGAACUGAAUGAUAUGUGGUGUUGCAUAGGAAUGGCUGGUUAUAUGACAUUCCAAUUCAUUAAAAAGCUGAUGGGGGCUAAUGAAUUUAAAUAUCGCUUAAAACUUGCUUCAGAAGCAACAGUUGCGCAAGACUGGGAAAGGCCGCCAAUGGCAAGAACUUUUGACAAUGCAUCAUACCCCGUCUCCAGUAUUUCUCGCGAUGUAGAAUUUAUUAAAUUGAAGGCCCCAAUGGUUUUAUACAUUUUGGACAGAAGGAUGACUAAAACAGAAAGAUCAUUUGGAAUGUCGAGGGUAUUACCUAAAAUUUACCUACAAGCAAUGUCUGGGGACUUAUCCAAUAACUCUCUCUCAACAGCCCACUUCCAAUAUGUAUGUGAGCGUGUAAAUCGGAGCAAAUUAGAGCCGUUUUUCUCCCAAUGGGUGUUUGGUUCUGGUGUUCCCAUCUUCCGUAUAACACAGCGAUUCAAUAAAAAAAGGAUGGUAGUCGAGAUGGGUAUCAGGCAAGUACAGCUCCAAGAACUUGGCCAGGGGAACAUAAUAGGCCACAAUGGUUUUCACACUAGUGCUAUGAAUUAUUUAUGCCAUCCUGAUAAGCAGCUAACACAGGUUUUUACCGGCUCUAUGACUAUAAGAAUUCACGAAGCUGACGGUACUCCUUAUGAACAUAUCGUCGAAUUAAAGGAUGUGUUUACAAAAUUAGACAUUCAAUACAACACCAAGUAUAAAAGGUUAAAAAGAAGGCGUAAAGUUAAUAAACCAUUAAAGGCAGACGUAAAAGAUACUGGUUCUUUAGAACCAUAUAACAAGGAGGAUGAAAUUAAGGCUACAGGAAAUGAUGACGAUAAUGAGGACAUUGUUUUAGUAAACUGCUUGGGCGACACUUUGGUUUCGAGGGAAGACUGUCAAAAAUGGAAUUUAACUGACUCUACUAUAACAGGUGAAGACGACGAUUCGCAACAGCAAAGCGAAGCAUUUGAAUGGAUUAGGGUUGACGCUGACUUCGAAUGGAUUUGCAAAGUUUACAUCAAUCAACCUGAUUAUAUGUUUGUUUCACAAUUACAACAAGAUCGAGAUGUAGAGGCGCAAAUUGAAAGUGUGAGAUUUUUUGAAGAUGUGGUAGCAAGCAGCAAUAUCAACUCUCAGGUAUAUUCCUCUAUUUUAACCCGGGCUGUCAUGGAUGAUAGGUAUUUCUAUGGUGUUAGGUUGGAGGCAUGUCGCGCGUUGUCGAAGUUUGUUUUGAAGAGGGAAGAGCCAAACCAAUUCUGUGGAGGGCCCAAGCACUUAAUAUCAAUAUUUAAACAUUACUUCUGUUAUGAGGAUUCGGAUAUUCAAAAAAAUAACGACUUUAGCGACAUUCCAAGAUAUCUACUUCGCUGUGCAAUCCCAAGGUAUCUGUCUCAUUCCCGUAACGACGAGGGCAAGUGUCCCGCCUUCGUCAAAACGUUUUUACUUGAUCUUUUAAGGUAUAACGAUAAUGGUGAUAACCCCUACGACGAUGUAAAGUAUAUUGUAUCCUUGAUUAAUAGUGUUGUUGACUGUACUUUGGACGAUAAAGAGGACAAAGAUUUCAUCGAUCAGCUAGUCAAGGAAUUGCAAAGAUUUGAGCAUUUAGACCAAUGGCUUCCCUCUUAUCAGUUGUUAAUAACUAAGGCAAUUCUGAGACAAUAUUUACGUUUGGCAGCAGAAGGGAUGUAUAAGUUUGAGGACACGACUAAGAUAUUAGAAUUCACGAUAACUGAUCACGUAAAUCAAGAAAUUGAAAACGUUAUGCACAGAAGAGAAGGACUACAGGAUCUGUGCCUAACAGCUUGUAAUAUAUUGCUUGUCAUAAGUGGAAUAAAAAAUAAGGAAAUCCUGAAGUACUUCUUUGAAAAUCUGUGUUUCAACCCCGACCCUUACAUACGAACAAAGUUGGUUGACGUUCUUAUUGAUGCCAUGAACUUUAUUGCAGCAAAAGGCAGCAUUGAUGAUCUAAACGACGACAUAGAAGAGAUCUUAUCUUACAUCAAUCCUGGGUCUUUUUUGAACGAACCCGGUUCCACUAUUUUGAUAGACGACUUUACCGGCGAGGGCAACAGUCGAAGAGAGAUGUUACUCCGUUCUAACACUAGGGGCAUGAUCUCGUUGGUGAGAUCCAAGUUUGAAAACUACAUCCCACUUAAGAAGAUUAUAUGGGAUGUUUUACAUUCUCCACUAAUCAGUGUCUAUCAAAGGAAAAGACUGUUCGACCUAUCCAGGGUUAUCUACAGACUAGAAGAUUCCUUCAGGGUGAAACUCCCGUCUCCUAGAGAAAAAAUCCUUGUUGCAAAAGUUCUAGGCAGCGGUAAGGUGGUAAUAAAGAGAGAAAGUAAAUUUAAGGUUCAUCUGGCACCCAAAGGUGCAAGUGCUAACGCCGAAAGUGUUGCACCUAAAGCUACUGCAGUCCAACGAAAAGCAGCUCAUACCCAAAAUGAAAAAACUGUUGCACCUGCGACCAAGAGUCAACCAACAGAUCCGGCUGCUCCCAGAAUACGUCUAAACUUGUCCAAGACAGGAAAGAGUGCAAAUACAUCAGUCGCUGCAACUCCGGAGACCGGUGAUGUUGCAUCUGUUGUCGCCAACAAACCCACGGAUAUAAGUUCAGCCGCUAACAGUACUUCAAACACACCUGCGGCCGCUCUACCAACAGGAAGAGCUGGUAGGAAUAGCACCGUUGGAAGAUCAUUGCCAAAGGGUAGAGCACAGAAAGGAUCGGUUGUUAAGUUGGGUUCGUUACCUUUGAGGUACGUAAAAAUUACUCUCGAUAAAAAGCGCGUUGAUUUGUCAGCUGUACCUUUUAACAACAAUGUUACAGUUGUUAAGGCCAAUCUGAGGACAUGUUUGAUCAAGAUAAGGGUACCGCCGGAUAGGAUAAAGGUGAAGAAGGACUAG